UUAAGCCUGUGCGUGAAAGCGACAGAGUGGAAGGACAACAGACGUUUGGCUGUGAUGCUGCUCCUUGUUCUUUGGUCCAGUUUCCUGGUUAUGUGGCAAUCAGAAGGCGUGAUGGAGGGCAACAAUCAGGACGUCUGUCAGGGGGAAAAGUUUUUUGAGGAGCUCCACGUCAGGAAUUCUUCGCUCCAUGAGAUACGUUUAGAGAAGACUGAUGUAAAGGAAACCUUCACAUGCCUCCUUUACCCAUCAAAUCGACUCAACUGCUCCUGGUCAUUCCUCACAGAGGAGGAUAUGCAGCUCUCUGUCUGUAUCAGUGUCUGUGAUGAUGACACAAUGGUUCAGUCUCUGAGCCAAUCGACUGAGGAACACGUCGGAUCCAAGUCUUUAGUUCUGCAGCAGCAUAAGGACUUGUUUGUAAUACUUCAAUUCAACAUGUCCCAGCACGACAAGUGGACAGUCUACACCUACAUGUAUGAAUUGGAUGACCUGGAGGUUUUGUCCCCACCCUCAAACAUCUCUGCAGCAGUCAAAGAUGGAAGCCUGUUGGUGACGUGGAGAAGACCCAAAAAUGACCCACCACCCUGCUUUGAAUACCAGCUAGACCUGGAUAACCAGGAACCUCCUAAACACCUGCGCUCCCAGCUGUCUUACACAGAGCUGAGUGCAGAUCCUACCUUCACCUACAGAGUGAGGAUGAGGACAAGGAAGACAGACAAGUGCAUUGGAUCUGCUCAGUGGAGUGAAUGGAGUCCUACUGUCACGGUGGAAUCGUCAAGUCAGCCAGAUAAACUCAACAUGCUGUUGAUCAUCUCGAUUUCAUUGGGAAUACCCAUGAUCCUCCUGGCUUUGCUGCUGUUGGUGCACCAUCAGAGGCUGUCUAAACUUCUGUUUCCUCCGAUUCCUUGCCCACCGCCAAAGUACAUAUAUUUUCUGGAAGAAAAUGAAACGUUCAUUUUCUUCCAUCCUAUGCUGCAAUCUAAGGCUGAGGAGGUGAUCACUAAGGUGGAGGACAAAGAGGAAAACCCUUGAAAGACAUUUUAAAAGCAAUACAGGAGGGACACUUUCAAAUUGACAGUGUUUACCCCCCCCCCUUUUUGGGGGGGUCGUGUGUUUUACAGCCUUAUAUUCAAUGGUCUCAAGGUCAAGAGCAUUAGCUUAGGUUUACACUUUAAUAUGGUUCAAUCCUUGUUGGCCGUUUCGCUUGUCACACCUUAGCUCAGGGUGAACAAAAAGUUUUUUAAUAUGGUCAAAUGUCCACACGCAUUUGCAGACGUGUCUACAUAUUCACAGAUAUAUUUAUGCAUUUACAACUUUGUCUAUACAUGUAUAAAUCUCAAUACGCUUUCAUUUCAUACAUUUCAGAACACAUUUGCAGAUUCUUUUAUAGAUUUUAAACUCUCUC